AUGAGUGAUGACCAGAUUAUAAAGAGGUUUAUAAAGAACGGGCUUGCAAAUGCAGAACUGAAUGAGUUUUUUGAGAAGGCUCUUGUCAACGAGGGAUUUAGCUCGAUGGAGCUGAGGAUGCACGAGACACCGAUCAAGAUUAUUUUGAAGGUGAUGAAGCCGCACGAGGCAAUUGGAGAAAGGAAGAUCAGGUUGAGACAGUUCCAGCACCUGGUGGCACAGAGACUUGAAAUUCCUGACGAGAAUGUCGAGAUCAUUUUUGAAAAGGUGCAUGAGAAGGGACUUUGUGCACUUAUACAGGCAAACAGCAUUAAGGAGAAGAUUAUGUCUGGGAUACAGUACAAGAGAGCAGUGAACAUGAUUCUGAGAACUGUAAAAUAUGCAGGAGCACAAGGAUGCCAGGUAAUAAUCAGCGGAAAGGUCAAGGGACAAAGAGCAAAGUCAGUGAAGUUCCAAGAUGGAGUGGUGAUGCAUAGUGGAGACUUCAUCAAAGAAUACAUUAAGACGGGGUAUGCAAGUGUGCAAACAAAACAAGGAAUUAUUGGAAUUCAGGUACGCAUUAUGCUUCCAUAUGAUCCUGAAGGAAUUCUUGGGCCGGAUUACAAUCUGCCAGACAGAGUAAUCAUUCUUGAGCCUAGUGAGGUUAAGAAUUGA